GACAAAACACCCCGACACAACAUGAACGCCCCGAAGCCCGCGAUGACCACCUCUGCUCAACCCCAGGCUAUCCAGAUGAGCCCGAUGGCUGCCCCAGCACGCAACAGCACGCAACAGCACGACCACGAGCACGGUAAGGCUUCGCGCCUGAGAGGAGGAGGUGCUGGCAAGGACUGCUUCCUCGGCGCCAUCGAGUGCUUCCUCUGUUUCGAAUGCUGCAAGGGAUGCUGCGAGUGCUUCGCCGACAUCGCUUGCUGCCCCUGCGAGAUGUGCUGCUGAACGUGCAACCCUGCUGACGCCCACUGAUAUCUAUGUCUGUUGUAAUACCGUCGACGGUGUUUGUACUUUAUGUAGGACACUGUGCCCUUUGGACUCUGACUACGGAAAUAUUUACGCAUUCUUACCC